CCGGCCUCGCCUGCGCGGUGCUGCACGGCGCGCUCUUCGUCAUGGGCGUCCUCCAGACCGUUCUGCUCGGACGUCCCGCAUCUGGCGUCCUGGACGGCUGCCUGACCGUCGCUUUCGGUCGCCCGCUGACUGACAUCCUGGGCGUCCUCCAGACUGUUCUGCUUGGGCGUCCCGCAUCUGGCAUCCUGGACGGCCGCCUGACUGUCCGUUCGGUCGUUCUCCACUGACGCCCUGGCCGCGCAACCCUUCCGUUCUGUGCUGUUGAUUCGGGUUGCGCAUGGCGUCCUGUGUGGGUGAAUUCUAGGGGGACCUGUGUGGUGACCCUUUGUUUGGCACAAUUCACCCACCAUACUUGAGUGUCCAUUUGGCCGUGCGCGUUACCGGCUGCGUCAGUCACGUGACAGAAACUAUAAAGAGCUGCGCGCGUUCCGGCUCAUUAGAGAGAGUGUACGAGAGUUCACAGAGAGUAGUUACAGAGCUGGACACAGCAAUUGUGCAAUAAAGACUCUUAACAACGCAUCCCGCUUCACUGGUGACCCCGACGAGCCUCGCUGAAGUCUGAGGCAUUUUGAACACUUUACGCAAUGGCGGAUACUUGCUUUUUCGAGUUAAGAAGCUAAUGUUAGCAACACUAGCGCGAAUCGUUUGAAAGAAUUUAACUGAUUAGAACUUGGUAGUUUUUUUCCUUUUUCUUGCCUUUUUCUUGGGGUAAUUUUCACUUGAGUUUGUUUGCGUUUGCUGUGAUUUUAGUUUUUUUCAACAUGAUAAAUGCCUGAGCAUUAUGGCCUCAUUUUCUCGGGCAGAUAAGGGAAAGAACAAUGAAGAGAUCUCAAAACAUUGAGACAUUCUUUAUUGUCAAGAAGAAAAAAAGAUCAGCUGCUGGAGACAGUGGGGCUACAGCAUCCUCUUCAGGACAGCAUUCAGCAGAGAUUCUCAUCUGUGAGGGUGACAGCCAUUCAGAUGAGGAUCCAUAAGCGUCUAUAUGUGAAAGUGGCAGCGACACAGACGAGGCUCCACAUUCUCCGCUCCCCACAUCGUCCCAGUCAUCAGAUAUAUCACGGUGCCCAGCCGAUGGACCAUCACGGCCAUACCUGAGGAUGUAUCCCAGGACGGUGCAGGCAGGGAGGAAGAGAUCCUUUAACAGCUCAUGCAAUGAGUUCGUACCAGGACCCGGGACUUAGUAGUCAAGCCACAAAACAGGCCCUCAUGUUACACGCUUUUGGGAGAUAUGUACGCACCAACGAAGAUAGGCUUGCGAGGGCAGUCCAACAGUGGGACCAGGACCGGGACGAGGGUCUGGUGCAGGCCCAGGGCCGGACGCAGGCCCAGCAGGCAAAAACAAUGAGUUCGUACCAGGACCCGGGACCGAGUAGUCAGGCCUCAAAAGAGGCCCUCAUGUUCUAUGCUUAUGGGAGAUACGUACGCCCCAACGAAGACAGGGUUAAGAGGGCGGCCAAAAAGUGGGACCAGGACCGGGACGAGGACCGGGCGCAGGACGAGGACCGGGCGCAGGACGAGGACCGGGCGCAGGACGAGGACCGGGCGCAGGACGAGGACCGGGCGCAGGACGAGGACCGGGCCCAGGGCCCGCCGCAGGCCCAGGGCCCGCCGCAGGCCCAGGGCCCGCCGCAGGCCCAGGGCCCGCCGCAGGCCCAGGGCCCGCCGCAGGCCCAGGGCCCGCCGCAGGCCCAGCAGGCAAAAACAAUGAGUUCGUACCAGGACCCGGGACCGAGUAGUCAGGCCUCAAAAGAGGCCCUCAUGUUCUAUGCUUAUGGGAGAUACGUACGCCCCAACGAAGACAGGGUUAAGAGGGCGGCCAAAAAGUGGGACCAGGACCGGGCGCAGGCCCAGGGCCCGGCGUAG